AUGGCACCCUUCAGGUUAGAUAGUAUACUGAUCAUAUACCCAAAAUCUCAGAAUACUCUCGUUCAAUUCGGUCUGAAUGAUGAGACUUUUGCCGUUCCAGAAUACAACAUUCCAACGCGCAUAUUUAGAGACAAAAUCUCUGGUAACUAUUACUCAGAAGCUACAGAGACAACAGAAGAAAUAAAUCCAAUCCAGCAAGGUAGAAUUAAAGAUUUAGACGCCUUUUUACAGUACCUGAAGUUGAUUUACGGGUCUAUUCUAUCUCGUAAAUCUAAAGAAAAUCCACAUGCAUUCGAUGGUGAAUUGUCUAACAUUCCAAUAAUAUUGGUUACCCACUAUUCAUGGUCACAAUCACAACUCGAACGGAUAACACAAUUUGUAUUCGAAUCGUUGAAUGUCAACAACUUAUUAUUACUCCCAUCAUCGCUAGCAGCCUCAUACUCAAUGGUUUCCUUACAAAACUGUUGCGUUAUCGAUAUUGGCAAAGAACAUACCGAUAUCAUCCCUAUAGUUGAUUACACUCCAUUGAACCACUUAGCAUCUUCUAUACCAAAUGGUGGAGACUUCGUUACUGAAAACUUAGCCAAGAUUUUACCCAAUUUAACAAAAGAACAAAUCGAACAUUUAAAAUCAUCUGAAAUCUUCGAGGUUUUGAGUGAUGACAUGCUGCAAAAGAACUCCGACCUGGUAAAUGAAGCUUUGGAUGAGGAAGAUGAUACAAUUAAUGUUGCAGAUAUAAUCACGAGUGGUCGUGACACCAGAGAAUUCUUGGAAGAAAGAGAUCGUAAGAAAAAGGAGAAAAAUUUACCAAAUGUAGAUAUGGAGACAAACUCAUUUUGGGAUCCUACGACUAAACAAAAUAUAAGCGUUGGAAAAGAAAGAUUCCAAGGCUGCCACGACCUAAUUUCCAAAAUCUCCAAGAGAGUUGGACUCAUAUUAAAUCAGGUUGAUGACAUCAAUAGAGUGAAACAAAUUUGGGAAAAUAUUGUUAUUCUCGGCGGUACUUCAUCCAUUAAUGGCUUCAAAGAAGGGUUACUUGCACAGCUACUCAAAGAUCAUUUGGUGACCGAGCCAGAAGAAGAAAGAGCAAAAAGAGAACAGGAAGCUUUUGAUGCCCUGCCAGCUUCCAAAAGGAAAAACAAAGUUGCCAGUACAUAUGUUCAGAAUGUAGAGUACACACAAAUUCCAUCAAUUAUUAGACUGGCAAAGUAUCCUGAAUACUUUCCGGAAUGGAAAAAGCAAGGUUAUGCAGAAAUAGCUUUCCUUGGUGCGCAGGUGGUCUCUAAACAAAUCUUUACCCAUUCUAGGGAUGCGUUCUACAUAACGAGGGAAAAAUAUAACGAAUUUGGUCCAAGCUGUCUUUGGAAUGUUGAAUUAUAA